UGGUCACUGGCAUGUCAUAUGUCAAUGUCAAAUCGAAAGUUAUCAAACUAAAACUGCUUCAUUCAUUUCGUUAUUUUUCUCAUUGGGUUCGAUUUAAAAGUGAUUUUAAAAUGCUAAGAGAAUAAAAAUUUACUUAUUUGUUCACGUUAUUACAGUUGAGAAGACUGUCUAUCUGUAUAAAAUAUAGUUGAAACACUAGGGUAAUGGCAAGUGCAGACAGAAUCGAUUUCGAAAUGGAGGUGGAGGUAGAAAGCGCCUCAUCGGGCCCACCUGUGGAACCUCCUAAUCCUACUUCGCCGGCUCCCCCGGCUGCACCUGGAGGUGCAACGAAGAGUGUGGUAGUUACUACUGCAACUUCCGGUUCAGUAACAGUGUCGUUACAUCCUCUGGUUAUCAUGAAUGUAUCUGAACAUUGGACUCGGCUUCGAGCACAAGAAGGAUCACCGCAGACAGUGAUUGGAGCUUUGAUUGGGAAACAAAAAGGCAGAAACAUUGAGGUUAUGAAUUCUUUUGAAUUGGUAUUCCGUGUAAUAGAUGGAGACAUUGUUAUAGAUAGAGAUUAUUAUAAUUUAAAGGAAGAACAGUUCAAACAAGUGUUCUCAGAUAUGGAUUUUCUUGGCUGGUACACUACUGGUGAGACUCCGACAGAGAGAGAUAUUGCUGUUCAUAGACAGAUAUGUGAUAUUAAUGAAUGUCCAGUUAUGCUAAUGCUCAAUCCAGCAGGUAGAAAUGGUGAGCAACUGCCAGUGGUGUUGUAUGAGUCUGUAAUAGAUGUGGUAAAUGGACGGGCGACAAUGUUGCUAGCACCUUUGACAUACACCCUCGCUGCAGAGGAAGCAGAGCGUAUUGGUGUUGAUCAUGUUGCUAGGGUUUCAUCAGGCGAGGCAGCUCUCAACAGUUUAGUGGCGGAACAUUUAACCGCUCAGCGAUCGGCUAUAAAGAUGUUAGUGUCACGUGUUCGCGCUGUAUUGGCGACUGUACGCGCUAUACGUGACGGCACGCUGCCGCCGCGGCCCGCGCUGCUGCGUGAGGCGCGCGCUCUCUCCAACAGAUUACCGUUGCUCACUUCUCAGCAGUUCCGGACGCACUUUUAUAACCAAUGCAAUGACGUCGCUCUAAUGACGUAUUUAGGCACAAUCACGAAAGGUUGCAACGCUAUCAAUCAGUUGGUAAACAGAUUCAACGUGCUGUACGACCGGCAAGGCAUGGGUCGACGCAUGCGCGGUCUUUUCUUUUAGGGAAACUAAUAUCAAUUAAGGGACAUAGAUAUUAUGGAGAAAUAACUGUCACUUCAAUACGACACGAUCUCACCGAUCAAAUCUAAACAUCCAAUGUGCUAUCUACUUCAUGGCGUUUUGAAUUGAAAUAAUGAAAUAUGGUUGUUGGCACCCUGAGAUGGGAUGGAAUAGCCAGGAACCAAGUGGAUUUUAAGUAUUUUUCAUUAAGAAUAUUUUUCAGUAUAGUAUUGUGAAUGCGAAACGGAUCAAAUAUAAUAAUAAUAUUUUCUUUUUAGAUAUCCAACUUACUGCACGAAAAUGAUAAUUAAUUUUUUUAUUUGGUAAUAUCACGUUUUCCUUAUGAAAAACACCCAGAACGCCACAAGUAAAAAAUCACUACUAUGAAAGUAAGAUGAAGUUACAUGCUGAUGGUUUUACAUAGGUGAACAGAUUUCUAUCUUUUUUUGGACAACUUCGGUUUUUAACCUAUAAUUUCAGUGGAAUGUAAUAAGAACAACUUUAUUAAAAUAAUAGUACCUAGUUAUAGUUUUGCAAAUGCUUCCGCUUCGUCACCACCGUCGUUUUAUCUCUGAAUUUGAGAUGGAAACUCUCGCGAGGUAUAUUGAUUCGGAGUAAAAGAAAUUGUAAAUCUGUCAACACUGCCUUAUAAUAGGGCUGCCAGACGAUCGGAUUUCCUUAGAUUUCUCCUAGAUCGAAAUGCUUAGAGAUAGUCUGGUUGGCAUAUUAUCUGGGAUCAUAAUUUCAGCGCCAUUGUUACGACGUGUUUAUGAUAUUUGUAAAUUUCUCGCUUAAUAUUAUCAGCCGCCAAUAUUUUUCUGCAAGACCAUUGUCGCUCUGAGAUCUUUUUAUUGACUGCCUCAGAAGAACUAAUAUUUCUUCAUUUUCUCUAUGUCAAAAUUAUCUUUGUACUAUUUUGAUAAUAAAUGCGAAACUAUCAUGUAGCGUUGUCCAUUUAAUGAUAUUAUUUUCGUAGUUAAAAGAUUCAAAAACGACUGCAAUGUACGCUCAACGGCAUGCCAGGUUGUCUAAAACUGGUAUUACAUUAUUGUCUUCAUACAGUAGUAGUUUAGUUCAAAAUCGAAAUUUUGUCAUAACCUUACUUGCUGUAUGUAUAAUUGUACAUCUCAUAAAAUGUUUAUGGUAAAGCCGUUCUAUGUAACAAUUAGUUUGUAACAAAAUUGGCACCAGAUACAUUUGCUCAAACACUAUCUUAGUUUUCGUAAUAGGAUAGCGCUACACAUAACUUAAGCUCCGCUUCUCUUCAGCAACGCCCUUUGGAUGGAGUUGUAUAGAUCUCUAUCGUCGUAAGAGAAUUAAUCCUCGUAGAUUAUGCGUUUAAUCCUGAACUUAAGAAAAACGUCGAUGACAAGCAUAGAUUUACUGAUUAACGAGUGAAUUGUGUGGUCGUCAUUUUGAUACUUAAACUACACGUAAUAAGGACUAUCGAAAUUGCAACUAACUGACAUGCCUAGGUUUAUUUUGAACAUCUUUGUCUCAAUAGAGGAAAAGCGCAAGAGUGAUAGCUUAGUUUAAUAAAUUGUAAUAUUAU